AAACUAAAAUGGCUUGCGAGGUGUGCGAGCAUUGCAACACUGCGGUACACUGCGAAGAGGCGAUUGUGAGAGACGGAUUCAGCUACCAUGCAAGGUGUCACAAAUGCUACGUCUGCAGCGAAACAAACCUGCAAAAUGCGGAUAUAUUCAAAGGGGUGAUAUUUUGUUCGGGUUGCUCCAAUCGUAUAUUCCAAGGGUGCGCUACUGCGCGCCGAAGGGUGCAGACUCGACUGCCCAGGAGGCCCGCGUAUAGUAAGGAGUAUAAGGAAAGGAAGAAGCGGAGAAACGAUAAGGGAUACAAUAAGUACAUCAAUCGGGUUUUGGAGUUGGCAAAACUGACCGCUACUGACAGCCGGAGCCUUUCGGGGCAAUCUAAGGAGUAUAAAACGAGCACUUCGCCUUCGACGGUGGCAACGGUGCUUACGAAUCACACAUACCAAAUGCAACAACCUUACAAAGUUACGAAACAUAGCACAGAAAUGGCCACAACUACGACCGUCACUAAAGAAUUACUAAAACACAUUCACUCUAUAGACAUUGAAUGCAAUGAAUGCAAAAUCGUCACACCCGUGAAGCCGAAAAAAAAUUGUAAAAGUAACCAAGAGAAAAAAUUUCAAAACUGUUGCAGCGACUUAAGACUUGCAGAUGUCGGUGCAUCCACCGAGAUAGGUCAUGUGGCUUUGAGAAAGCCAUCUGAGGUCCCUGUGAUAAUAAAAUCUGGGGCCAGAUUAAAGCGUGCUGUAACACAAAGCUUGUCCAACUUAACCCAGGAAUCUAAUUGUUCUGGUGAAGGCGAUUCAAAUUGCUCCAAUUAUACUGAAUACUCUUCAGGUUUGACAAAUACCGGACAUUGCAUAAACCGUACCAUUGGGAGUCUAAUAAAACUACCGUACAAAAGUUUCAAAAGGAACAUUUUAGAUCGAAGCUCUCUCAUCAACAACAUAAUGAGCAAGAGGGAAUCUGAAUGCAUUCUUAAUAGAUUCAGGAUACUGUUCCAACACGAAAUCACUGAACACCAGCGUCGAGGAUUGAAAAGGCUGUUUUCAACAAUAAACCGCAGGAAUGAUAAGUACAAACUUGGAUGGCUCGAUAUGAUGAAUAAAAUUCCAGAAAAUGAAAGGUUACCUGACACGAUAACAAAGCGUGAAAAAAGAUGCAGACAUUAUAAACGGUCCCACAGUUACCGAUGUAUGCGUACACAAGUGAUGAGACUAGCCGGGCCCACGAGAAGCGAACUUGCAGUUCUCCGAAAGAAACUGAAAAAUGCCCUCUGCCUCAACUUGUGUAAAGGUUUUCGAAAUUUUAAUGAUCAAUAUGUAGACAUACUGUCAACGGUAGCCUGCGGACCAAGUCGACAGGUACCCAGCCCAUAGCGUGAUCGAGAUACAUUGUUAAAUAACAUUGAAGAAUAUAAUUUCUAUUAAAAUGCAAUAGAUAUUUUAUUGUGCAGGCUAA